AUGGGUCACAAAAAGAAGCGCAGCCAUCCCGACCUCGAGGAGCUCCUCGCACGCCCGUGGUGCUAUUACUGCGAGCGCGACUUUGAGGACCUCAAGCUUCUCAUAUCCCAUCAGAAGGCGAAGCACUUCAAGUGCGAGCGAUGCGGCAAGCGGUUGAACACAGCAGGCGGCCUCUCUGUCCACAUGAACCAAGUCCACAAAGAAACGCUGCAAUGCGUCGAGAACGCCCUGCCCAACCGCUCCGGCCUCGACAUCGAGAUCUUCGGCAUGGAGGGCGUCCCCGAGGACAUCCUGCAGCAGCACAACCAGCGCAUCAUCCAAAACUUUUACCAGGCCCAGGCCGAGCGCGCCGCCGCCACGGGAAAUCCGCCCCGCGGGCAUGCCGUGCAGGGGCCGGCCAAGAAAAUCAAGUACGAGACGCCCGAGGAGCUCAAGAAGCGCCUCGCCGAGCAUCGCGCCAAGUUUGCCGCGCAGAAGGCCGCGGCUGCCAACGGGACAGCACCGCAGGUGCCGCAGGCGGAUGGCGCCGCAGCUGCUCCCGCUCCCUUCCCCGCCGCACAACCCCCCGCCUACCCCUACCCAGCCAUGCCCCCGACCGUGCCAGGCUAUCCCGCCGCGGCCAUCCCUCCCUUUCCCCCGACAGCCCCCGCAGGCGUCUACCCCGCGCCUGGCGCGCCCCCCGUUCCCGGCGCUCCCGGAGCGAGCUUUCCUCUCCCCGCAAGACCGCCCGGCGCUCCGGGGGCUGGCGCCGCGCUGCCUCAACGGCCGCCCUUCUACAACGGUGCUGGCGCGCCUGGUGAAGGACCGGUGCAGAAGGUUGGCGGGGAUGAUAUCGACCAGUUGAUUCGGAUGGCUGAGGCGGGGAUUAAACCUCAGGCUCAGCAACAACAAGGAGAGAAGAAAGAGGAGGGGGCAGCGGCGGGAGAAAAGAAGAAGAAGGAGGUUAGGAUGGUGUAUGCGGAUACGGAGGUCAGUCCGGAGGAGAAGAUGGCGUUGUUGCCGAGGUAUAGGUGGGUUGAGGAGGCUGCUGCUUGA